AUGAGCCGUCCGAUUACAAUCAUAAACAAAGAACGUGGAAAUGAACAAAUUGGUUCACCAUCUGACUCACUUAGCAUGAGCUUGGGCGCCUGUAAAAUCGUUGAAAAUGUCUGUGGAUCACCGGUGGUAUGUUAUUUAUUCAUUGCAACUUUCCCCUAGCAAAAAAUAAAUUUUCAAAAUGAUGCAAUUUCAGACAUCAUUCGGAAGUCGAUUAAUGGCUUACAACACAAAAAGUGAAGUCUAUUCGCAAUCGCCAGAAUUCCAAAUCAACGCAUUUCUCAGUCAAGGUGGUCGUGUAAUUGGAACCAAUGUCGAUUAUGCAUUUGGAACUCCUCCACCAUCUUGUCAUCAAUGUAAAAAUACAGAAGUUGUAAAUACACAAUGGUCGAAUAUUGACCAUUUCUCAUGUCCACCAAAUAACCUUCUUUAUGUUGAUCAAAGUAACAUUGGUUGGUUUUUAUUGAUUUAUUUUCAAAAACAUGUUUUUUUUUUCAGAAAAUGCACAUUCAUUUUUCGGCGCAGCUCCUGUUGCUCCACGAAAUUUCGAUUUUUACAACACCGAUCGUCAAAUUCUUCAACCAAAACCAACAAUAAUCCUCCCAACAACCGUAUUAACACCAGCACUCUCACCGGCUGUCAGUAUUAUUCAACAACCAAUCACAGCCGUAACAUCGUGUGAAAAUUUGUUGCAAAAAUAUCGUCUCAAUCCGUCGGCCAUGAAAACGCUGAAGCUGUCGGAAAUUCAAGGAAAUCUCCUGAUGUUCGCCAAAGAUCAAGUCGGUUCGCGAUUUAUUCAGCAAAAAUUGGAGAAUUCGGAUAUGUUCGAGAAGGAUGCGAUUUUUGAGGAAGUGCUUGAGAAUGCUGAUGAAUUAGUUGAUGACAUUUUUGGGAAUUAUGUUGUUCAGAAGUUUUUCGAGUAUGGCGAGCAGAAACAUUGGAGUCGUCUUGUUGAAUCGAUUAUUUCUCGUGUUCCUCAAUACGCUUUUCAAAUGUAUGCUUGUCGUGUUCUUCAAAAAGCUCUCGAAAAAGUUGAUGAACCAUUGCAAGUUCGAAUUCUUGAGCAAGUCAAAGAUAUUGUAAGUUUUUCACAAAGAAUAUAAGAAUUUUGGAAAACUUCGAAAUUGGAUAAAAUUUUGGGGCUUCUCCUCGUGGUUUCUACAAAAAUUUCAAACAUUUUUCAGGUUCUUGAAUGUAUGAAAGAUCAAAAUGGAAACCACGUCAUCCAAAAAGCAGUUGAAAAAGUGAGCCCAGAACAUGUUCAAUUCAUCAUCGACGUAUUGUUAAAACAUCCAAAUACAGUAUUCGAAAUGACAGUUGAUCCAUAUGGUUGUCGAGUUGUUCAACGUUGUUUGGAAUAUUGUGUAAAAGAUCAAACUCGUCCAAUCAUUGAAAAACUUCACGAUCGAUUCGAGGAAAUUGUCAAUAAUCAAUACGGCAAUUAUGUUGUUCAACACGUUAUUCAACAUGGAAGUGAACGAGACAAAGAGAUGAUUAUUCGAAAAGUUGCCAGCAAUCUUUUCGAAUAUGGUGUCCACAAAUUCUCGUCGAAUGUCAUUGAGAAAUGUCUUGAACGCGGUUCGAUUCAACAAAAGAAUCUUCUCGUCAAAUCAGCUUGUCAUCAAGUUGAUCGAAAUCAGCAGCCGGUUGUUGUGCAAAUGAUGAAAGAUCAAUAUGCGAAUUAUGUUGUUCAGAAAAUGUUCGACCAAGUUACUUGUGAUCAACGACGUGAAUUAAGAAUUGCAAUUCAACCGCAUAUUCCAAUACUCAGACAAUUCUCCUAUGGAAAGCAUAUUCUUGGUAAGUUAUUAAAUGUUUUGAUUUUUAUGUGUUCAAUGAGUUUUCGAAAACUAAAAUUUCAGUCUGAAAAUUAGCAUAUCUCCAAAAACAUGCAAAAUUCAUAUUUUUUAUUAUGAAAAUGAGAACUUUUGUUCAAAUUUCGGGAAAAGUUUGUUUGUUCCUGAAAAUUAAAUUUACGCCGGUUAUUCUUCAACAAAAUUUUGAAAUUUUCAAAAAAAUAUCUGAAUUUCGAGAUUUUUCAGUAGGAUCUUUCGAAAACAUUUUUUUUGAAAAUCCAUAGAAUUUUUUGCCACAUCAUAAAUAAGUUAGGGUCCAAUAUUUUUCCCUUUCAAUAAUUCCCCCUUUUUUCAGCCAAACUCGAAAAAUGGUUUCAAAAACCCGUCGCCUACAUUGGCUAA